AUGGCAACAAUUCUUUUCAUUAUCUAUCAAUUAUCUAUCUAUCUCGGUUCAUAUCUAUCUAUCUAUCUAUCUAUCUAUCUAUCUAUCUCAUUCAUGAUCAUUAUCUAUCUAUUUACCUAUCUAUCUAACUGUCUCCCUAUGAAAUACUCAUCUGUUUUUAUCUAUCUAUCUGCUCAUAUGUAUGAACGUAUCUAUCACUCUAUCUCGCAGUUAAUAUCUAUAUACCUAUCCUCAUCUAUCUAUCUAUCUAUCUAUCUAUCUAUCUAUCUAUCUCCCCUCAUCUCUUUAUAUCUAUCUAUCUAUGUAUCUAUCUAUCUAUCUAUCUAUCUAUCUCCGUCUGUUGAUAUCCCUCUAUUCUCAUCUAUUAAUUCAUCUAUCUAUCUAUCUAUCUAUCUAUCUAUCUAUCUAUCUAUCGUCCUCGCACGACCGCUAAAUUUCGGCUUUCGCUAUCUCCCACUAGUCCGACGUUUGAUUCUCAUAUUUAUACAAGUGUGGACGAGUCCACCUCGUCGAUCAGGGUAUAACACCUUCGUCAAUGCAGACACUUUUUCUCUAUCUCUUUCUCUCAUGUAUUAUAAGCGUGUGAUUCACUUUCUUCUUCUCUUCCGCAAAUUCCAAUUCUCUCUCUCUUUCUUUCUUUUUUUCUUUCUUUCUUUCUUUCUUUCUUCUCUUCUCUUCUAUCCUAAUUCUGAGCAUUACCUCGUUCUUCUUCUUCUUCUUCUUCUUCUUCUUCUUCUUCUUUAUCAUCUAAUUGCGAUCCUCAUCAUCAUCAUUGGUGUGAUUUUUUCUUAUUAUAAGGGUGUGAUUCACUUUUUUCUUCUUCUCCCCCACAAAUUCCGAUUCGUUAUCUUUAUCUCUCUCCUUUUUGCUCUGUUUGACUUUUCUCGCUAUACUUAUCUCUCUCCCUCAUUAAUCGCUCUUAAUAUAACGCUGUCUUUCCUUCUUUCCUUUCUUCCUUCCCACAUUUCUUACCCUACUUCCUUCGCUCUUUUCUUCUUUUUCAAUUGUUUCUUGCUUUUCCUCUCUCGUUUUACCUUUCUCUAUUUCUUUUAUUUAAUCCUUCUUUCCUUUUCCCCUUCCUAUUGUCCCAUAUUUUUCAAAUUUUUCCUUUCUACAAACACUUUUUCUCUCAUUAUUUCUCUUUUCACCCCGACUCUCUCUUCACCAUUUCAUUUCUUCUCUUGUUUAUGCCUUUGUUCUUUCUUUUCUCUCUCUUUUUUGACACCUUUUAUUCGUCAUCUUUCACCGUUCCCUCCCUCUAUCAACAAACAGUUUUCUUUCUUUUUGCUCCCACUCCCUGUCUCUCUCUUUUCACAGAACGUGCUCUAUACCACAUUCGUGCUUCUCUCUUACUUUGAUUUUUUUUCUGUUUUUCUUUCACUAUUUCCCCCCCUUUAUUUCACUUUUCCCGCCCUUUCAACGAUUUCUUUUCUUCUCUCAUUUUUCUUCUUUCUUUUUACUUUUCUUUAUCUCUUUCGCCUUCUCUCUUUCACCUUCUCUCUCUCUCUCUUUCACUCUUCAUCUCAUCUUUCUCCUCACGUUUUUCUUUUCUCUCUCUUUCUCUCUCUUUUAUACAAUUUUCUCGCUAUCUUUCACAUUUCUCUCUCUCUCUCCCCUUCUCUAGUAUAUCUAUCAUUCUAUUCUUAUUUCCUUUGCUCUCUUUCUCUUAGACUCGUUUCUUAUUUUCUUCUCCCUCCCUCUUUCUUACACCUUUCACUCUCUAUUCUUAAUUCUCCCCCUUUCUCUCCUUUAUUAAUAUCCCCCUCUCUCUCUCAUAUAAUUUUCUCGCUAUAUUCUACCGUUCACUCUCGAUUCUUAUUUUUCUCCCUCUUUCUUAUUCCUCCCGUUCUUAUUCCGCUCUCUCUCUCUCUCUCUCUCUCUCUUCCUCUUUCUUAUUCCUUCUCCUCUCUGUCUCUAUUCUUUCCGUUCUUUUCGACACUGUUCUCAGCUGGCACUCCUCUUAAUUGUAUGUCCAUCAAAUAUUCACUAUCGGACAGCAACGGCUGA